AUGAUACCCUAUAAAAAGUUAAGGACUAUCACAUUCAGAAACUGCCAUAAAGAAAUUAAAAUGAAGUUUAAAGAUCAAAUACUUGUGUUGCUAACCCUGCUUAAUUACAAUAAGAUAUAGGUAAAAUUUUUAAUUUUUUAACCGCCUUUAAUAAGAACAAUUUUUUGAAAAUAGGUGAAAAUACUAAUUUUUUAUAAAAUUCGCUUUGGUCUAAUUUAAUAUAUAAAGGUAAAGCAGAAUAUUAUAAACAUUUUCACACUGAAUUGAGUAAAUUUUUUAAUUAAUUCUUCAAAAUAUUGUGUUCAAUUUAGAUUUUUUAAUUUUUAAAAAAAUUAGCCUUUUUAGAUGGAAAAAGAUUUUUUGCUCAAUUUAACGGGGGUAUUAAGGCUAAUUGAAAGUUUCAUGAAUACAAGAGAAGCAAUAGAGUCAAGAGAUAAAAAUGAUCCGAUAUUAGCCGAAGAAAAAAGGCAUGCCUGAUGUAAAAUUGCUUAA